CCCACUUGGUUGCCUUCCUCUCCCAGCCGGCCGCGCGCACCCGGCGUUGCGGCUCCUCUCAGGCUCAGCUAGGGUUCGCCUCUCCUCCGCCGCCCUCGUCUUCGUUUUGCAGCCGCGACCAGAGCGCUCCAAGUCGAGCGUUUCGACCAGAUACGUUUGGGGGAAGCCGGUAGGGCGGCGCCAACGAAGGAGGCGGCGCCAUGAGGUUGGAGAAGUGCUGGUUCUGCUCCUCCACCAUCUACCCCGGCCAUGGGAUCCAGUUCGUCCGCAACGACGCCAAGAUCUUUCGCUUUUGCCGAUCAAAGUGUCAUAAAAAUUUCAAGAUGAAGAGGAAUCCUCGUAAGGUUAAGUGGACAAAAGCAUACAGGGCCUUGCAUGGCAAAGACAUGACCCAGGAUUCAACCUUUGAGUUUGAGAGGAAGAGGAACAGGCCUGAGCGCUAUGAUCGGAAUAUGACCGAGCAAACUCUAAAGGCCAUCCCUGUCAUUAUAAAGGCUAGGCAUGAACGUCUGAAGAAGCACAUUAAAGACAGACACGAUCCUGGUAAAAAGAAGGCGCUGGAGAGAGAUAACAAGGAGCUGGAGCAGGACAUCAACAUGCUUCCUAAGAAGCUUUUCAGUAAUGAGGCUCCAGCUAAGAAACAAAAGGUCACGGUCAAAGUUGUUCAGCAGCAGACAGAAGAUCGGAUGGAAGAGUAGCCGGAUGGUAUUGUGUUGCUUGUGUUCAUGUCGUAUGCAGACCUUUACUUUCGAGUUUCUUGAGAUUGCCCUGGUGCCAUGUAGUCCAUGGAAGAUGUUAACAUUUGUGGACUGAGUAUCAGAGUUUUGCAUGUGGUGGCAGAGACAUAUACUGGAGUGGAGUCAAAAGGAUGUGUACUCUAGUGGUUGUUUUGUGGUACUCGCAUUUACCGAAUACUGGAUCCUUAUAGCUAUUGUGAAAUAUUGCGCAUCGAGCUUGCCAUGGCUUCA